AUGGUGGAGGUGGUAGUUGUGCCCAGGCUAAAUAGUGGGGUUGGGCACACGGAUGAAGACAUUUUGCCUUUAACUCUUGAAGAAAAGGAAAACAAAGAAUACCUAAAAUCUUUAUUUGAAAUUUUGAUUCUUAUGGGAAAGCAGAACAUACCUCUGGAUGGUCAUGAAACUGAUGAAAUCCCAGAUGGUCUCUUUACUCCUGAUAACUUUCAAGAUCUGCUGGAGUGCCGGAUAAAUUCUGGUGAAGAGGUUUUGAGAAGGCGCUUUGAGACAACAGCUGUCAACAAAUUUUUCUGUUCUAAAACCCAGAAGAAACAGAUGCUCGAGAUCUGUGAGAGCUGCAUUCGGGAAGAAACUCUCAGGGAAGUGAGAGACUCCCAUUUCUUUUCCAUUAUCACCAAUGAUGUGGUGGACAUAGCAGGGGAAGAGCAUCUGCCUGUGUUGGUGAGGUUUGUGGAUGAAUCUCAUAAUCUGAGAGAGGAAUUUGUGGGCUUCGUGCCUUACGAAGCUGAUGCGGAGAUUUUGCCUGUGAAAUUUCACACUAUGAUAACUGAGAAAUGGGGAUUAAACAUGGAGUACUGUCAUGGCCAGGCUUACAUCGUGUCCAGUGAAUUUUCUUCGAAGAUGAAGAUUGUUGCUUCUAGACUUUUAGAGAAAUACCCUCAAGCCAUCUACACACUCUGUUCUUCCUGUGCCGUAAAUAUGUGGUUGGCAAAAUCUGUACCUGUUAUGGGA